ACAACAAUGGCCGCCACCAAUGUUCCAGUCCCUGGAGAGGUCUCACCCCUCACUGAGAUGCACUCAGGGCCUAUUAGAUGCCCUUUCGGACCAAGAUGCCAGUUAUGAAAGAAAUGAAAUUAAUUCUCAUUUACUUUGGAGACCCAAGAAGACAAAAGCAGAAAUGGCAAUAACGAGAGACAAAAUGACCUCAGUAGCCACUAAUUGUUCAUCCAUGUGUCGCCAACCUGCUCGUCCUAAUCCUUCCAAGACCUUGUGCCAUCCCGCCAGCUCAUUUCCUUCAAGACCACCCAAAGUCACACCACAGGGAGUAUCAGUCACGUCUAUACCCACCAGCCAGCCUCUCCUUGUGAAAGCAGAGCUCACCAGGCCUGCAUCUGUCACACAUGCUGAAAAAGCUCCGGUGGAAAGAACCCCAAACCCCACAGAGGGCUCGGCUGCAGACGUCUUCACCACUCGUCUACGAGCCUCACUUCAGGGUGCAUCCCAUCAGGUCAUAGAUGAAACACCAGGGAACUUUAGCAAAGCAAUUCCUAGUUUGCAAGCUCACAACACACUACAGAAAGCUUGUGACGUGCUCCAGAAACUGACAGCCGUUAUCCCCGGAUUUUCUGAGUCAGCUCAGGUCGAUGUCAUUGAUUCCCUUAUUUACCUGAAUGAGCAAUUACUGAAGAGCCCAUUUCAGAACAACAGCAAUCUGGGCUUCAAAACUUCUGCGACCGUCUGCCUCUUUCGCUCCCCCAACAGUGUAAUAGAAGCUGGUGAAGCAAGUCAGCAAAGGUCCAAGCAUGACGUUGAGCAGGUAGAAAAUAUGCUGAACACGUCCUUGCUGGCCCUUGGUAAGAUCCAGGAAGAAUUUCUAGAGCAGAAUCACUUCUCUGCGUCUUCGGUGACUUUGACCUCUUCGGUUGCUACUCUGAUGCUGAGCAGCCAAAACGUAUCAACUUUGCCUCUGAGCUCUUACACUCUGGGUUACCCAGCACCUGUGAGGUUAGGCUUUCCAUCAGCUUCAGCCCUGGAGGAGCUCUUGAACAAACACCCAGGAGUUAACGUCCAGGUAACAGGACUAGCUUUCAAUCCCUUCAAGGAUUUUGAUGACAAGAACAUUGUUGGAAGCAUCGGAAGUGUGUUACUGAGCUCUAGUCAUAAAUUGCUCCAAGUCCGUGAUUUAAUGGAAGAUAUUGAGAUCAUGCUCUGGAGAAAUAUUAGCAUGGAAACCCAUCCCACCAGCCUCAACAUGAGCACAGACCAUUUUACUAUUACAGUGAAUGUCACUUCCCCGGAGAAAUCCCUGAUAGUGUGCAUAGAGCCUGAAAGUCCCCUUUUAAUGACACUCUACCUGGGGUUCCAGUAUCAGCCUAACCACACUUCCUUCCACCUGAACAUCACCCUUCCAAAGGAUCAGGUGUGGCAAAAAGAUGAGGAGUACACCUGGGUGCUGACUCCGGAGAGUCUGCAGUAUGGGGUCGGCACCUACUACAUAACAGCUGUGUUGAAUAAAAGCCAGGAGAGCACUCAGCAGCCACCCACCCUGUUCUCAGUCGUCACUGUCGUCACUCAGUGUUAUUUCUGGGACAGCCACAACAGCACUUGGAAGAGCGACGGAUGCCAGGUUGGGCCACAGAGCACGGUUUUGAGGACCCAGUGUCUCUGUAACCACCUGACCUACUUUGGCAGCGACUUCUUCAUUGUGCCCAGGACAGUGAAUGUUGAAGACACGAUCAAGCUGUUCCUUCGCGUGACCAACAACCCUGUUGGGGUGUCACUGUUGGCCAGCCUAUUAGGAUUCUAUGUGCUCAUAUUUGUGUGGGCUUGGAGAAAGGACCAAGCCGACAUGCAGAAGGUGAAAGUCACUGUCCUGGCUGAUAACGACCCCAGCUCUCAGUUUCACUACCUUAUUGAGGUCUCCACUGGCUAUCGAAGAAGGGCCGCUACAACAGCUAAGGUGGUUGUCACACUUUACGGAUCAGAGGGGCGAAGUGAGCCCCAUCAUCUUUGUGACCCCCAGAAGGCAGUCUUUGAGCGAGGGGGAAUGGAUGUCUUCCUCCUCAGCACUCCAUCCUCUCUGGGGCACGUGCACAGCCUUCGGCUCUGGCAUGACAAUUGGGGUGACAGCCCUUCUUGGUAUGUAAACCAGGUAAUUGUCAGUGACUUGGCAGGUAAAAGGAAAUGGCAUUUCCUGUGCAAUUGUUGGCUGUCCGUGGACCUUGGAGACUGUGAGCGUGACCGGGUCUUCGAACCAGUCUCAAAGAAAGAGCUCUUUUCCUUUAGACACCUGUUCUCCUCCAUGAUUGUAGAGAAGUUCACCCAGGAUUAUCUGUGGCUCUCAGUUGCAACUCGACACCCCUGGAACCAGUUUACAAGAGUCCAGAGGCUCAGCUGCUGUGUGACGCUGCUUCUUUGCAACAUGGUCAUCAAUGUUAUGUUCUGGAAGAUAAACAGCACUGCUGCCAAGAGAGAUGAGCAAGUGGGUCCAUUUGCUGUGACGUGGUCUGAAUUGCUCAUCAGCCUCCAAACUGCUGUCAUCCUCUUCCCAAUCAAUCUUGUAAUUGGGCAGCUCUUCCCAUUGAUUCAACCACAGGAACCUCUGCCUCUCUUUCCUCCCAUCCAGGCCUCCUGCCUCUCAGAUGCUUCUUUUGAGCCUCUCUCUCUCACAAAGAUAGUUGAGGAAUUAAAAGAAACUGUGGGACUCCUGCUCAGGAGAAAUAUGUACCUACUCUCAGAGUGUGAACAAUCUUCGUGGAGUUCUGACAACGUUACCAAGCUGGUGAAACUUUUAUCCAGCCUCAUUUAUUCUCAUUUAAAGGGUCAAGGCUGUCAUCAGCAGGCAGGACCCUAUUGGGCAAAUGUGGUUCCUGAAAACCACCAUCAUUUCCACUAUUACCUGCUCCGAGUUCUGCAGAGGCUGCAGUGUCACUUAAGCACACUGGAUCCCACCCAGGUUGACCAGCCUUGUGACUUCCUAGAUGCAGCCAGCCAACUACAGAAACUACAGGAACUCUUGGAAACACAUCUCCUUCCCACAGGGCAAGGGCCAUCCAGGGAGGCAACCAGUUUUCCCAUCCUGAGCCCAGCAGAAGGGAAGAAGUCCAUCUUUAAUGGCCUGCCCCGAUGGCUGACUUAUGUCUGCUGGCUCUUUCUGGGUGUCACUAGUCUGGCUGCGGCCUUUUUUACAGCACUUUAUAGCCUGGAACUGAGCAAAGACCAAGCCACCAGCUGGGUUAUUUCGAUGAUAUUAUCAGUGCUUCAGAACAUCUUCAUCAGCCAGCCAGUAAAGGUGGUCUUCCUCACGUUGUUAUCCUCACUGAUGCUAAACAGGAUGCCGUGGCUUCACAAAGGGAAGGAACAACAAACAAAGAGGAUCUUGGCACUCUUGGCAAAAUAUUCUUCAUCAUUACCUGGUUCAAGAGAUAAGAACAACCCCAUCUAUGUAGCCCCAGCUAUGAACAGUCCAGUUAAGCGCCCAGAAAGAACCUUGAAAGAGAAGCCACUCUUCAAGCUGACAGGAGAUAUUUUGGUACAAAUCGUCUUCCUUAUCCUGUUGAUGACUACAGUCUACUCUGCACAGAACUCCAAUAGAUUUUAUCUCCAUCAAGCUAUCCAGAAGAGAUUUUCUCAUGGUUUCUCAGAGAUCAAACUUCUUAAGCAUUUCUACCCCUGGGCCAAUCGCACCCUUCUUCCUAACCUGUAUGGGGACUACAAUGACAUGGUGUUUGAAAAGAUGUUGCUAAGACCGAUGUCGAAGAGCAUACUGCCUAUGUUUUCUUCUAGAAGUUUCACAGUUUCAGGAUUUAUUACUGAUGGGAACUCCUUUCUUUUGGGUAAUGUUCUGCUUCGUCAGAUUCGCAUUCCUGGUGCCAUACUCUUUCCACCUAGAGUGUCUCCCCAAGAACAAGUGAAGCCAUCUCACCAAGAUCAGGAGGAUAAAGAGAACUAUGGGGUUAAUUGGGGGCCCCCUGAUACAAACAUGACAAAAUCAGGCAGCAUUUGGCAUUAUCAGAAUCAGGAGACACUGGGUGGCUAUCCCAUCCAAGGGGAAUUUGCCACUUACUCAGGAGGAGGAUAUGUUGUCAGACUUGGAAGAAACUCCAGUACUGCAAUCAGAGUUCUGCGGCAUCUUGAACAGAGCCACUGGCUAGACCGCUGCACCAAAAGCCUGUUUGUGGAAUUUGUGGUCUUCAACGCUAAUGUGAAACUGUUCUGCGUAGUAACCCUGAUAUUGGAAUCCAACAACGUGGGUGCUUUCUUCACCUCUGUAAGACUGGACACUUUAAGUUCCCUUCAGACAUCAAAGGAGGACUUUGCCUGGUCCAUUGUUUCACAAGUCAUCUAUUAUCUACUUGUCUGUUACUAUGCCUUCAUACAGGGUCGUCGGCUGAAACAGCAGAGGUGGAGGUUCUUCACUAGGAAAAGAAACAUUCUGGACAUGAGCAUAAUCCUCAUUAGUUUUGCCAUCUUGGGGCUUGAAGUGAAGCUUAUGUCUCUACAUAAGAAAAACAUGGCACAACACCGCUAUGACCGGGACAGGUUCAUCAGCUUCAAUGAGGCAGUAAAAGUGAACUCAGCUGUCAUUCACCUCAUGGGCUUCCUGGUUCUGUUGGCAACUGUUCAGCUAUGGAACCUGCUGCAUCUUAUCCCCAGGCUGCAGGUCAUCAGCAGAACACUCAGCAAAGCCUGGGACGAGGUGGUGGGCUUCUUGCUGGUCAUCCUGAUCCUGAUGACAGGCUAUGCCAUUGCUUUUAACCUGCUGUUUGGAUGGAGCAUCUCUGACUACCGAACUUUUUUCAGCUCAGCAGUGACUAUUGUUGGUCUCCUGAUGGGAAUGUCUCACCACAAGGAGGUUAUUGCUUUAGACCCAGUCCUGGGCUCCUUUCUGAUCCUCACCAGUGUCAUCUUGAUGGUACUUGUGAUCAUUAACCUUUUUGUUUCUGCCAUUCUAAUGGCCUUUGGUAAAGAAAGAAAGUCCCUUAAGACUCGGAAAGAAGCUACACUGAUAGAUAUGCUGCUACAGAAGCUCUCAAGUUUGUUAGGAAUCCAGCGGCACCAGAACACGUGAGCAAAGAGCCAUGACAACAAUGGGCAUUGACACUGAAGUUUUAUUACCUCCUAGCUUAGCUUAUUACUUCUCAGUAUAUUAAUACUUAUCUUUGCAUGACAUAGAUUAGGAAAUUGAAGAUGUUUAUAAUUUGUUGUUGUUAGUGCCAUCAAGCUGAUUCCGACUCCUAGUGACCCUGUGUACAGCACAGUGGAACCCUGCCUGGUCUUUUUGUGCCAUCCUUUCAUCUUCUGGCACAAUAUAAGUGCUCCACGGCUAUUCACACGGUUUUCAUGGCCAAUUUUUUUGGAAGUGGGUGGCCAGAUCCUUCUUCACAGUCUGUCUAGUCUGUAAGCUCUGCUGAAACCUGUCCACCAUGGGUGACCAUGGUAUUGAAAUACUGGUGGCAUAGCUUUCAGCAUCACAGCAACAUGCAGCUGCCACAGUAUGACAACUGACAGACAGGUGGUAUAGUUCCCUGACAAGGAAGUGAACCCAGGCCUCAGCAGUGAGAGCGCCCAUCUUAACCACCACUGCCUAUGUUUAGAACACAUUUUAUUUUAUAAGUCAGUGAGGAAUCAAAAUCCCCUUGGCUGCAAGUUCUUAUGUUUAUGGAUCUUGGCACUGUCAAAGGGUUAACACUGCAAGAGGGACAGAGGAUAAACCAGCUCUGCUGCCAAGCAGCAAGUAACAGGACACUCACCACCUAUGUUCCAGGAUGGCUGUGGGAAAUAUGCAUGAGUCAGAAGUGAGCUCACUGCAGCUUAUUAAAAAUAAAGAUACAAGCAUGAGAUAUGGUUGAUGGGCAGCCCUGUCCCAGAGUAACCAAGCAAACUCACAGAUGCUAUCUGGGCUUAAACAGAAACUGAAAUGGACUCCUUACUGCUGCAGGUAUCCAUAUUACCCAGGGAGCCAAAGGUAAAGUCUGGCUUGUGCCCAGCAUGGGUCACUCGUUUAAAACACUCUCCCCUAGAGGAUGUGGAGAGAAGGGAACUCUCAUACACUGCUGGUGGGAGUGCAAACUG